ACCCUGGUUCCUUUCACCUUCUGUACUAUUUGACUUAUCAUGGAGGUCCUUACACCUGCUCGUGCUGCUAAUUUUGAAUUUCAACGCCAACUUGACGUCCCCAAUGAAGGUACGGUGACCUUCCCAUUGGUUUUCACCCCGGAAGCUGAGUCCAAGCUCUCGACGAUAGAGGAAGCCGUCGCUUGGGUUGAUACAAACAAAGCCAAACUACUCGAACUUGCCAAAGUACAUGGCGCUAUUUUGCUUCGAGAUUUCCCCAUUUCCACCGCUGAACAUUUCGACGCCAUUGGAAAAGCUGUCGGUCUUGAAGAAUUUCCUUACAUUGGAGGAGCUGCACCGAGAACGGUUAUUACAGGAUCCGUGUUCACUGCCAAUGAAUCACCUGCGGACCAAUUGAUCCCUUACCAUCAUGAGUUGGCUCAGUCCAAAAACCACCCUUUGCACAUCAUGUUUUAUUGUGACAAACCUGCAGAUAAGGGUGGAGAGACGCCUAUUUGUUUGUCCAACCUCAUUUACGAACAAAUUAGCCGAGAGUUCCCUGAUUUUAUGGAGGAAAUUGGUAAAAAGGGCGUGAAAUACAUUCGUGUCUUACCUGUUGAAGACGACGCCACUAGUGCAAUCGGACGUGGAUGGCAGUCUACCUUUAUGACCACCGACGCAAAGGAAGCGGAGCGACAAGCUGAGGAACUCGGCAUGACCCUCGAAUGGCUACCUGAUGGUUCUCUCAAGACCACUUCUCCCAUCUUGUCAGCUACUAAGUUAGACGAGCGUACAGGAAAGAGCGUUCACGGGAUGGCAAGAUUCUCGUAACGAUGCCACCAAAGCUGUGGUCUACGGUGACGGUAGUCCACUUGACCCCGUGAUCUUAAGGCGAUGCCUCGAUAUCAUGAAUGAGCUUUGCUGCUCAUUCGAAUGGAAGACGGGCGAUGUCAUUUUAAUUGACAAUGUUGUGACGAUGCACAGCCGUAAUUCUUUUGAAGGAAGUCGAAGAAUUUAUGCUUCAUUGUGGAAAUAAGCUCGGCUCGAGUAACUAAUAAUCUAGCAUGGAAAAAAUAAAAAAUAUAAGCUGGUAGAUCGGGAAAAUCUUCCUACCCCGAUUGCUAAAAUUCAAUUAGACUUGUCGCUAGACUAAAUUAGUCUCCAUCGAAGCAAAUGGUUCGAUGGGCAGAAAUCUUUUUUAUAAAAGAAUUUUUUUAAGCUUCUUCUA